ACGCAAAUGCGCGCAUGAACUCCUCAACAACCCCAACCUUGCUCGCCUGCCCCACGAACACAAGCGACUGCACGGCCAGCCUCCCGAUGGCCCAGUCUCCAUCCAAAUCCUGCUGAGCAUUUCAAAUAUACCAGCCUCGACCCUCCCCUCCUCCUUUUGUGUAUCCGAGCGCAACCGGGUGAACCUCAAUCUUGACCUCGACAGUGGGAGACUUCGGAAGGCUGCAGAUGGGUUUGUCUGCCAGUCCAGAUGACAAUUCAGACUUGACGCCGACGAUGACCUGACCUCCGACCGCGCGAAACAUGCUACCUUUACUACUACCGCUCCUGUCUUGCUACGUGGGUAUUUUCAGUUUGGUCGCACCCGCAGUUGCGCAACAACAUUUGCCCUACAAUCCCACCCGGGUCGUUCUGGCACAAGAUGGCUCCGUCGCGUACAUCUUGUCUCCGCAACCCUCAUCGUCGCAGUUUUCUCUAUCUUUCCUCAAUACCUCGAACAGUAUCAACUCAGCCUCUCCGGGAACGCGACUGUUCGAUACCUUACCCUUUCUAUCGAAUACAGCCUACGAGGCAUUCGUGGCCCUUCCGGACGAUGAGGGCAUAACCGCGCUAGCUGGGGACUGCAAGGAUUCUGCAAGAGAUCUAGAACUAUGGAGAUAUACCUUCAGCGGCGACCCCAGGAACGGGACGUGGACUUCUUUGACGGUCACUACAACCGAUGGGACGUUAAGCCCUCAAUAUCUCUCUGCUGGGUUCACAUUCUCUCCGACUGCGGCCGCUCACGAUGUCUCGUUAUACAUUUUUGGCGGAAUGUGUCCCGAUGACGAUUCGUCGAAUGCAAUGGACUGGAUAUCGGAUGCCACCUACUCGAACACAAUGCUUACAAUCGCUCCCGAAUCUGCGGCCGGCGAAAACGCACCUUAUCAGUUGUCAUUGACGGGAUCCAGAGCUCCGCCGGUCGCUGAAGCGGGUCUGACCAUAACGCCUCUGACACCCAGCUUUUCCAAUGUUUCAGGCGCAGGCCUUUCUCAACAGCAGAAUUUUGUUCUUGUGGGGGGCCAUACCGAGAAUGCCUUCAUCAACAUGUCUCAGCUCGCCAUAUUUUCACUACCUCAAGAAUCCUGGGCGUUCGUGGAAGCGUCGCAAGCAGACACAGUUGAGCCACGGUCUGGCCACACAGCAAUCCUGACUGAGGAUGGCUCAAAGCUGGUGGUGCUUGGCGGAUGGGUAGGAGAUACAGAUACGCCGGCACAACCCCAGUUGGUGGUCCUUGAGCUCGGUCAGGGCUAUGGAGGGCAAGGGCAGUGGGCGUGGAGCAUUCCUACCUCUUCCUCUUCCCCGUUUGCUUCCGGCAAAGGCAUAUUUGGACAUGGAGUAGCCAUGCUACCCGGUGGUGUUAUGAUGGUCUCUGGAGGGUAUCCGAUCGGCUCAUCUACAUCAAAGAGCAGGCGGAACCUGGUGGACAAUAUGCUGUUCUUGAAUACGACAACAUUCGAAUGGAUCACUACUUACAGCAAUCCAACCCCUGCGGGCCCAUCACCCGGCUCGGCAAGUGUCCAAUCGUCGGCAUCCGGGCUUAAAACUUCGGAGAAGGCAGGCCUGGGCGUAGGUCUAGGCCUAGGACUCGCAGCACUUGCGGUGGUGGUGAUUGUUUGGCUCAUAUAUUCCAGAAGACUGAGAGCCAGACGCGCGUUGCGUGAGAAGGAACUCCGCGAACUGGCUUUGGGAGCCGAACGUAUUCACUCACCUGUUCCGUCAGACGAGGACCCUCAGAGAUAUCCAACGGUGCGGAGCGCAAGCUGGGCUGCAACUCUCGAGCGCAAGAUUGAGAGCUCGGGCAAUCCAUAUCCUUGGGCGCCUCUGUCCGGACCAGAGCACCAGAGUCAGCGCAUGCAGGCCUCAGAGAAUGGCGAGAGCAACAGCUCUCGUUAUGCUGAGCGCACCGGAGUCCAGAUGGAGAUCCCAAGCCCCACUAGAGGAUUGAGAAAGAAUCUGAACACUAGAGGCCCCAUGAUGUAUCACCCUUUCAAUCAGCACCCGCCAACCGGACCAGGAGCGGUCUUCCGCAUCGAGGAAGAGGAUGAGGGUAGUCAAACCGGCUCCGUCGCGCGGACAAAGACUCCCAGGGCCACAGACGACAUAAGAUCAGCCCCAAGUGAUCCGUUCAAAGACCCCCCGCCCAUUAUGGAUGGUACUCGGCAGGACAGUGCCGCAGCAGAGCGCAAGAAGGAGGUGGAAGGCUGGGUUGAGGAUUGGCAGUCAGUAGCCGAGACCAUGAGCUUGUCCAGGAGCACAAGUCAGGCGCAUAGCAGAACGUACUCAAACCUUUCGCAAUUCCGCAACCAGCCAGCCAUUGGGGAAGCAGCCGGACGCGGCUCACCCGAGAAGUCGGACAGGACUGGAAGCAAUCUCUCUGAAAAGAGUAUGGUGAGCACCUCUUCUUACGGGAAAUCCUUGGCUAGUACGCUAUCUCGCAAUGUUUCUCAAAGGAGCGCCAGUGCAGGAUAUGGGCUCUUCGCGGGGGCCGCAGCAGCCAUGGGCCGGUUUGGCUAUGGGAGGCAGGGCAAUCUUGAACAAGGCAAUGGCGCUGGUCUCACACGUGCCCCGUCAAACCGCAGUGUCUCGCUCAACAUUGAUACUACUCGACCGACAAGUUCGAGGGAUGGCCCCGAAACGUUCUCAUCGGCUCGAAGCAGAUGGGGGGCAGCUGUGGCGGGAGAAGAUCAAGCACUGCUCAACCGGAACUACCAAAGACAACAGGAUGACGAGCGUGACUAUCGAACGCUCCCCGACAGUCCAAGCAAAGAGAAGUACUCACGUGCAGGCAGCCUUACUGGCUCCAGCCGACGAGCGUUGAAUCUUCUAGGAAGCGUUAGGCGGGUUUUCACAGGAACUGGAAGUGUUGAUGUCCAAGAUCGAGUUGCCGCCUUCGAAGCCCACAGCAAUCAAUCAAGCCCGACGAAACACUCUGGGCAACCCGAAAUGACAGAGACGACGCCGAAGAGAACUCUUAGUGUUGGAACGUCGUCUUUCUGGCGUAGCAAACAGGGCGCCAAAGACUGGGAUGAUGACAUGGCAGGCCCGAGCAAUGCCGCCCCAUCCUCAACGCUCCGCAGAAAACCAGUGCCUGGAACGAUAUCGAGCGACGACCACGACAAUCUGGAAGAUGACGAGGACUGGGACGUGGAGACAGCUGUGCAGAAACGUGUCGUUCAAGUCAUGUUCACUGUUCCCAAGGAGAAGUUGCGGGUGGUCAAUGCCGAUGUUCUGAGUCUGCUGAGCAGUAACCGAAGCGAAAUUGACCAAGACGAAGAUAAGGAGAGAGAGCAUAUGAAGAGGAUGAGCAGCGUGAGGGAAGGAGACGAGGACAGCGGUCAUGACCAACGCCUUGAUGAUGAUACAAUGAAAGGCAAAGGAAAGGGGCGAGCACCUUGAAACGAGAUGCUCGUCGCAAAUGGAAAAUCUAUGGACUAUGGACGAUACUUGGGAUGGCAUAUAUUGUGUGUAUACCUCCACAUUGUUGGAUGGGAUAUGGUGUGGUUUUUGAGCGGGCGGUUUAUUUGACCUGGAUCUGGUGUCAUGUCAUUCGUUGAUGAACUUUAGAAGCCAGCGAAUGUGUUUUAUUAGGAUUCGUCUUUAGGGAGGCCACAGUACAAAUCUGAACGAACUCGAACCGUAUGACGAGAGAGAGC